AUGGAGUCUCAAUACAAAGGAUCUAGAGUGAUAUUUACAGGAACAGCCCAUGCCAAAUAUGAAUUGCAGAUUAUGGAAGACAGUGCUCGAGUAUCCUUAUUGUACUUUGUUGGCCCACUAUCCGAGACAGUGUUUUCAAAAUGGUUGGAGGUCCACCUGAACCAACCCGAUAUUGUCCAGGAUAUAAUGAGGAUUACAAACCGUGUGCCACGAGAGUUUAUGUUCUCAUCCGGUCAAUUGAGGAAAGACCACUCACAAGAAAUAGCAUUGAUUCUUCCUUGGCAACAACUCGCAGAGUGUGAUUUUGAAUGGGAUUUCCGUGACCUAGGGCUUAUCUAUCGUCUCAACAAGAACCGCGGAGCCAUAAACUAUGUCUUGUGCCUCCCAGCGCAGAAAGCACUCUUUCAGGCGUUUACAAAUAUGCCUCAUCAUGAGCAUAUCCUGAGGGGAGUUAUUUUGGAGAGAUGA